GCGCAGCCGCAGAGCGCUGCAGCCUUGCCAGCUCGCCCCGGCGCUGCGCACUUGACUGCCAGUCCGCCCGUCCGGAGCCCGGCUCGUUGGGGCAGCAUGGCGGGGUCGCCGCUGCUCCGCGGGCCGCGGGCCGGGGGCGUCGGCCUUUUGGUGCUGCUGCUGUUGAGCCUCCUUCGGCCGCCCCACACACUCUGCGCGCGGCCGGGAAAGGAGCCCCGCAGCCUGAGCGCUGCGUCGCCAUCCAUGGCUGAGGCUGCCGCUCCCCACCGCUUCCGGCGGGCAGUGCCCCGAGGAGAGGCGGUGGGUGCGGUGCAGGAGCUGGCGCGGGCGCUGGCGCACCUGCUGGAAGCUGAGCGGCAGGAGCGGGCGCGGGCAGAGGCGCAGGAGGCUGAGGAUCAGCAGGCGCGCGUCCUGGCGCAGCUGCUGCGCGUCUGGGGCGCUCCCCGCGCCUCGGACCCGGCUCUGGGCCUGGACGACGACCCCGAUGCGCCCGCCGCGCAGCUCGCCCGCGCCCUGCUCCGCGCCCGCCUUGACCCUGCAGCCCUCGCGGCCCAGCUCGCUCCCGCGCCCGCCCCUGCCUCUGCGCUCCGACCCCGGCCCCCAAUCUACGACGAUGGCCCCACGGGCCCGGAUGCGGAGGACGCCGGCGACGAGACGCCUGACGUGGACCCGGAGCUGCUGAGGUACUUGCUGGGGCGGAUCCUCGCAGGAAGCGCGGAUCCCGAGGCUGUGGCCGCCCCGCGCCGCCUCCGCCGCGCAGCCGACCAGGACCUGGGCCCUGAGGUUCCCCCUGAGGGGGUGCUGGGGGCGCUGCUGCGCGUGAAACGCCUGGAGACCCCUGCGCCGCAGGCACCCGCCCGUCGCCUCCUGCCUCCCUGAGCGCCUCCCGGAUUCUACGCGCCCCGAGACCCGGGAGCGCCUCCACCACCCCACCACCCGGACUGCUCCCCGCCAGCACGUCCAGAGCAGCUUACCCUGGUGGCCAGCCUGUGGCUACCCUCUGACCCCAAGGUCCCUACCCCCUAGCCCCACAAUAAACACGAUCUGAAGCAGC